AUGUUAGCAAGUUAUUUUUACGAGUGCAGCCAGAAUAAUAACAAAAAUACUCCAAAAAAUUUGACUCAUUACACUAAAAAACUUAAUCAGUUAAUAAAUUUUUAUCUCCCGGUCCAUUCGAUGCAGCAAACACCACGGAGUGAUGUCCGUGUGCCAAGUUUGGACUCAUCACAUCCAUUUACACCGUCAGAUUUAUCUUCAAUACCUCAUAUGGAUGAAAGCCCAACUCCAACGUCAAAUCAAACAAACAAUCAGAAUUCAACAGCUGCAGACAAUACCACUGAUGUUACAUUAAACUCCGGUCCCUACAUCGUAGGUAGUCCAAUUGACCUCGGAAAUAUCGACAAUGUCGAUAAUAUUGGUCUUCAAGUUGGUUCUAUUCGUCGGGGAAGAGGACGAACUCGAGAACAUAUUGAACUUCAAGAAACUGGUUCCCCGGAAUCAGAACUCUCAGUAGAAGGAAAUAGAGCGGAAAAUGGGACUUCCUUAGAUGAAGAUCGACAGCCAGUAGCGCCAGAGGACCAUGAUGAAAGGGUAGUAUUCGUAAAUGCUCCUCAUCAACCUGCAAAAUAUAAUAAUAAUCACAUAACCACAGCGAAAUAUUCGCUGCUCUCUUUUAUACCUUCCUUUCUCUUCGAACAGUUUCGUCGAUAUAGUAAUUGCUUCUUCCUAUUUAUUGCUCUUAUGCAGCAAAUACCUGAUGUUUCCCCUACCGGUCGAUAUACAACACUUGUGCCAUUAAUUUUUAUCUUGAGUGUAUCUGCUUUAAAAGAAAUUGUCGAAGAUUUCAAAAGACAUCGAGCUGACGAUGAAAUAAAUAUGAGAGAAGUUGAAGUUUUCAGAGAUGGAAGAUGGCAGUGGAUACAGUGGCGAAAUGUUGCUGUAGGUGAUGUAGUAAAAGUGCACAAUAACAAUUUCUUCCCAGCCGAUUUGAUUCUAUUGUCAUCAUCAGAGCCUCAAGGAAUGUCGUUUAUAGAAACUGCAAAUUUAGAUGGCGAAACAAAUUUAAAAAUUCGUCAAGCACAUUUAGAAACAGCUAAUUUAAUUGAUACUGCAGAAUUAAUGAACUUUCACUCUAAUAUUCAAUGUGAACCACCAAAUAGACAUUUGUAUGAAUUUAAUGGCGUACUUCGAGAAAUAAAUAAGCAAAGUGUACCAUUGGGACCUGAUCAACUGCUAUUGCGCGGUGCAAUAUUACGAAAUACUAAAUGGAUAUUUGGUGCAGUAAUUUAUACCGGACAUGACACAAAAUUAAUGCAAAAUAAUACAACAACAGCACCAUUAAAGCGUUCAACAUUAGAUCGUUUAACAAAUACCCAAGUGCUUAUGCUUUUUUUCAUACUUCUACUGUUAUGCCUUUUUUCUGCCUUAUUUAAUGUUUUAUGGACAGAGACCAAUGAAGAAGGUCUUUGGUACUUGGGUUUAAAAUUUAAACAUGAAGCGAUAGUAAAAAAAUUUGCAUUCAAUCUUCUUACUUUUAUUAUUUUAUUCAACAACUUGAUACCAAUAUCUCUUCAAGUAACUCUCGAAGUUGUUCGAUAUGUUCAAGCUACUUUUAUAAAUAUGGAUAUUGAAAUGUACCAUGCGGAAACUGAUACUCCUGCUAUGGCAAGAACAAGUAAUCUAAACGAAGAACUAGGUAUGGUUAACUAUAUCUUUACAGAUAAAACAGGUACUCUCACUAAAAAUGUUAUGGAAUUUAAACGUUGUUCGAUAGCUGGUACAAUUUAUGAUUUACCAAAUCCCACAUCACCUGGUUGUAGCACCUAUGACUGUGAUUUAGUUAAAAAUAUUACUGAAUGGCGAAUUAAAACAGAUAAUACCAGUGUAAAUAAUACUAAAAAUUACAUCACAUCAGCAAUAUUACAUGAAUUCAUGAUAAUGCUGUCAGUUUGUCAUACCGUUAUUCCAGAGAGGACUAAUGAUGAAAUAAUUUAUCACGCUGCAUCGCCUGAUGAACGAGCUCUUGUUGAUGGAGCAAGAAGAUUUGGUUAUGUUUUUGACACACGAACUCCUGCAUAUGUUGAGAUAGUUGCGUUAGGUGAACGACUGCGUUACGAAAUUUUAAAUGUUAUAGAAUUUACAUCUGCACGAAAACGUAUGUCAGUGAUAGUAAGAACUCCUGACGGAAAAAUAAAAAUAUUUUGCAAAGGUGCUGAUUCUGUUAUUUAUGAAAGACUAAAAUCAAGGCCCAAUGAAACGAGUGACGUAGAAUUUGAAGUAGGCGAUGAUUUUCGUCAAGCUACCCUAGACCAUUUAGAAGCAUUUGCCACUGAAGGUUUAAGAACUCUUUGUUUUGCUGUAGCAGAUAUACCAGAUAAUCGUUACGAAUGGUGGAGUGAAAUUUACCAUAAAGCAGAAGUAUCUAUGGCAACACGUGAUUCUAAAUUAGAAGAAGCGGCAAAUCUUAUUGAGACAAAAUUAACAUUACUCGGUGCGACUGCCAUCGAGGAUCAAUUGCAGGAUCAAGUACCAGAAACACUACAAGCGCUUACACAAGCAGAUAUUAAUGUUUGGGUAUUAACUGGUGAUAAACAAGAAACUGCAAUAAAUAUCGGAUAUUCUUGUCGUUUAAUAACACAAUCAAUGCCAUUAAUUAUCGUUAAUGAAAAUUCUUUAGAUAAAACGAGAGAUGUAAUUACUCAGCAUUGUGCUGAUUUUGGACAAGACUUACGUUGUCAAAAUGACGUUGGUCUUGUCAUAGACGGUAAUAGCUUGAAGUACGCAUUAUCGUGUGAUUUAAGAAGAGAUUUUUUAGAUUUAUGUACUUCGUGUAAAGUCGUUAUAUGUUGUCGUGUAUCACCAAUGCAGAAAGCUGAAGUUGUCGACUUGGUUACAAGUAACACAAAAGCUGUUACUUUAGCAAUUGGAGAUGGAGCUAAUGAUGUUGCUAUGAUACAAAAAGCUCACAUUGGUGUUGGUAUUUCUGGCGUUGAAGGCUUACAAGCCGCAUGUGCUUCUGAUUAUUCUAUAGCACAAUUUCGUUUUCUUAAACGAUUACUAUUUGUUCAUGGAUCGUGGAACUACAAUCGAAUGUGUAAAUUAAUUUUAUAUUCUUUUUACAAAAAUAUUUGUCUUUAUGUAAUAGAGUUGUGGUUUGCCAUUUAUUCGGGAUGGUCUGGUCAAAUUUUAUUUGAAAGAUGGUCUAUUGGUCUUUACAAUGUUGUAUUUACUGCGGCGCCACCGCUGGCUAUGGGUCUUUUCGACAAAGUUUGUUCUGCUGAAACUCAUCUCGCGCAUCCGAGACUAUAUGCUGCCAAAAACACUACUGAAUCGACAUUUAAUAUUAAGGUUUUCUGGGUUUGGAUAAUAAACGCUUUAAUCCAUUCAUCAUUAUUGUAUUGGUUAUCACUUUUGGCAUUAGAAAAAGAUGUUAUAUGGGCCAAUGGAAGAGAUGGUGGUUACAUUGUUUUAGGAAACUUUGUAUACACGUAUGUAGUAGUUACUGUUUGCGGAAAAGCAGGCCUUGUUACAAAUUCAUGGACAUGGGUAACUCAUUUAGCAACAUGGGGAUCAAUUAUUCUAUGGUUUUUGUUUAUAUUAAUAUACAGUAACUUCUGGCCAGUAUUAAAUGUUGGUGCUGUUAUGUUAGGAAACGAUAGAAUGCUAUUUUCUUCGCCAGUUUUCUGGCUUGGACUUAUUCUUAUACCUACUGCAGUUCUACUUCUCGAUGUGACUGCCAAAACUGUGGCAAAUACAAUUUUCAAAUCUCUCACUGAAGCAGCGAGAGAACAAGAAAUUAAAAAAUCCGAUCCGGGCGAUUUAUUUACUAAUCAAGAUUACAAAAGCUCAUUGACGGAGACUGCGAGGCUAUUAAAAAAUGUUAAAAGUGUUUUCACUCGACGUGCAAAUGCCGCUACCCGAGUCAAUGUUGAAGUGGAAUUAUCACAUGGAUUCGCAUUUUCUCAAGAAGAAGGUGGUUCAGUCACUCAAACAGAUGUAAUAAGAGCAUAUGAUACGAACCUUCCGAAACCUGGAGGCUUGUGAUUUUAAAAUCAUUUCUUACAAAACAAACAAGAUAUAUAAAUAACAAUUCGACAUCUAUUUGGUUGGAAACAACAUAAAAAUAUAUGUAAUUUACACUGCAUAUAAUUUAAACUCUACUGAGUUACUCUCAGCCAUAAAGCGAGCCAGUAAUAAUCUACAUGUAGUAACAUAUAUUCGGUUCAACAAGAGUUAUAUUUUAUAAAAAAAAAUACCUAAACGUUAUGAUUAUUCAAGUUUAAUCUUCAUAUUAAUCUAAAUCGAGUUGAUUUAUUAUUGCAUUUUUUAAUAUGAUGGAUAAAGAACAUACAAUAAUGAUUAUUCUAAAGAAAUACUUGAAGUUUCUAAAAAAUAUGUGAACUCUACAUAAAAAAAUGAAAGUAAAAGAUCUAAUGAUCAAGGAUUCUUCGAGAGUUGUUAUGAAAUAACAGAAAUAACACCGAUAAAGUGACAAUGAUAAUGACCUUAGCUUGAUAAAAUAUAAAAUAAAAAAUAAAUUCGUAAAAUUAUUAAAUUAUUUUUCUAUUUCCAUGAAAGGUCGCAUUAAAUUAUCUAAAUAAAUUAUAUAGGCUAUACUUUUUAACUUAUUAAAUAAAUUAAACAAUAAAAACGUUUUUUAUUCUCCUAUAUACUUGUAUUAUUGUCUGAAUAUACAAAACUAUAUAAUAUUAGUUUCAUUUAAUUUGUUUCAUGAAAAUGAAACAUGAUGAUAAAUGAUAAUAUAAUUAUAUAAAUGUAUAAUAUGAAAAUACUACGAAGCAAUUUCAAUUAAAACCACUCAUUUACAAAAUCAGUAAAUAGUUUUAUUAGUAUAUUUUUUAAUAAAUUAUAAUAAUUGAUCAAAUUACAACAAAAAAUAUGAUCGUAAGUUAUUAAUUCAAAUGUGAAAAUAAAACACAACACAAUAGACUGGUUUAAAGAGAUAACUUUAUAAAUAUGUUAAUAAUUGUAUGUACAUUUUUACACUUCUAGUCCAAUGCAUUAUUUUUUAUGCAUCAUCAAUCAUCUGGCAAAUUAUUAUUUGCUGUUACAUCGUCUAAACAUCAAUGCAUAUGAACGUUCCACGGCAAAAAUGUGUUUUUUUUUUUGUUGUAAAUGUUUUACUAACAAUAAACAGCAAGUUUAAAUCAUUUUGAAAAAAAAAUGAUCGAUAUUAUUUCUGUAUGUGAAAAUUAAUUUUGUUUAUUGUUCUGAUUAUUACAAUGGAUAAAAAAUUUUCUCAUUUACAUGACACUUUUAAUAAAAUUCUUCGUAAAAGUAUUUUUAAAUUUAUUUGUCCAAAAGUUUACUAAAAAGCUAUUUUCAUACAAGAAUUCAAUCUUUAUUUUUUAAUUGAAAUAUUAUAUCCUUAAGAACGAGUCCCAUCUUUUUCUCUCUUUGCAAUCGUCGAUAGAAACCGUUCUAUCUUAAACGCACUCGCAACAGCAAAGCUAUUGCAAAUUGAUCAUUUUCUCUUAAACAAAUAAAAAUUUCGAAGAAAAAUACUCUGCUAAAAAAUAAAUAAUUGCAUAAUCUAUCGAGUAGCAGAGCGUUUUUUCCAAAAUUUUUCUUUGUUUCGGAGAAAUUCAUGAACUUAUAUUAGCUAGGGCCGCCUCUUAA